AUGGAAGGAGGAGAAGGAGAAGAAGGAGAAGGAGAAAGACUCUUCUUGACAUUCAACAUCCAACGUAACCAAGACUGGGACGAAUACUGGUACAUCACCUUCUGGAUCUUGCAUUUACAAGGAGACGAACUCAUCGAACGGAAAUGGCGGCAGUGGCAGCAGGAUUGGAUCGCAGCCGCAGAGCAAUGGGACGCCGGCAGUCGAGCCCACGCCAGAGCAGCGCUCUCGAACUCGCAGCUGACGCCUCGAAAAAUCCUCGAGGAUGAGCGCCAAGUCAAAGUGACAGCGGGGGCGAUCCAAACCCUACGGUUCAGAGAGUAUCGUCUUUACCAGUAUUUCCGGCCUGAUGGAGCGGAGCGUCCGGAGUUGAAAGCUCCGCCGGGGUUCCAGCUUACUCCGGCCCAGGAGGAUGCGCUCUUUCGGGAGCUCGAGCGGAGAGACGCCUUCCAGGUCACGGCGCGCUACAAUGGGGUCAGCAGACGCGAACAGUGGGGCAAGCUUCGCGACGUUGGCUUUGUUUGGGAUCCGGACUGGGCGAUGUUCUGGCAGGGAGGAUUCGAAGGUGACGCAUACUUGGAGAAGUCUGUGUGA